AUGCAUCCGAUCGACAAACCAAGUUUUUUUAAUAAAUCCGAAAAAAUUUUAAAAGAAAUUUACGCUCAGGUAAAUAACAAAAAAAAACGUGGCACUAGUCCGGAACCACGUAAAAAAUCAAAACUUCCUCUAACGAAUUCUCGAAUUGAUCCAAACGUACAAGGCGUCCCACUGGAUUAUUCAUUUCGUAAAGCGGAUACACUCGAAGAAUUAAAAAAUGAUACGCCGAGAGAAUACAGGGUGGGAGUCCCUAAAAAAACUUCUUCUGGAAAAUUUAUAUCCAGUUCUCUAUGGGUUAAUUACAACAAUUUAACGGAUUUAAGAUCGAUUCAUUCACUCGUUAAGGUAUCAUUUUCAAAACCGGAAAUGAUCGGUUGGCUCGACGUUUCCUUCAACAGCAUCGAAAUAAUAUCAAACGAUUUGCUACAAUUGAAAAAUUUAAAAAUAUUAUAUUUACACGGGAAUCAAAUUAAAUUUUUCAUUGAAGUAACAAAAUUAAAAUCUUUGAAAUUAUUAAAAACUUUAACGUUGCACGGAAAUCCGAUUGAAGAAAAUCCAAUUUAUCGAUCGACCGUUAUAAAAACUUUACCCAAUUUAAUCAAUUUUGAUUUUUCCGUCGUGACUAAAUAA